GCCGCGCCGCGCCCUCGAGCUGCUUUGCUGCUUUGCCGCCUCGCUGCCUCGUCCUUUUCCAUUGCUUUUGCUGCUCAUCUCCAUCCCCCUCCUCCUUUCGCAGCGCCGCUAGCGGGCCCUUUUGGAAUCGCCGGCCAAAACCCUAGGAUUGAAAGCCUUAGCUCGGUUGCUCGACCACUAACUUGCGCCCAUCAUGGCGGGCAGAAUGGUGCUGUACAAACUGGUGGUGCUGGGAGAUGGUGGUGUUGGCAAGACGGCCUUGACCAUCCAGCUGUGUCUGCAGCAUUUCGUUGAGACGUACGACCCGACAAUUGAGGACUCGUACCGCAAGCAGGUGGUCAUUGAUGGCCAGCCCUGCAUGCUUGAGGUGCUCGACACGGCCGGCCAGGAGGAGUACACAGCGCUGCGAGACCAAUGGAUUCGCGACGGCGAAGGUUUUGUGCUGGUCUACAGCAUCGCAUCCCGCUCAUCCUUUACUCGCAUUAAGCGGUUUCACCACCAGAUCCAGCGCGUCAAGGAGUCGGUAGCUUCCUCACCGUCAUACCCCGGCUCUCCUCUUUCUGCCACCAACUCGCAACUGCCUGUGCCCAUCAUGCUUGUCGGCAACAAGAGCGACAGAGUCACCGAGCGCGAGGUAUCGACCCAAGAGGGACAUGCUUUGGCUCGGGAGCUGGGCUGUGAAUUCGUCGAGGCCUCAGCCAAGAAUUGCAUCAACGUAGAAAAGGCCUUCUACGACGUCGUGAGGAUUCUACGCCGGCAACGCCAGCAGGCUUCACGACCCGCGGCGGGCUCAAGCGGCCGAACUCGAACAAGCAAUGGCGAAGUAGGCGGAGGAGGCCGAGAUUCGCACAAGUACGGGCGCGGCGGUGGCAAGGGCAAGUCCAAGUGCAUUGUGUUAUGAGCAGCUCUAUUGGGUCUCAUCUUCCAACUUCCGAUACAUCUUGAGGGCUGGGCCAUGUUGAUUGGAUAACGCGCGCUUGAUUCUGCAUGCUCUCGGGUUUUUCUGUUUUUCUGUUUUUCUGAUUUUUUUUUUUUUUUUUUUUGAUGCUUUUGUCUACUUGUUGAAACUUGACAUCGCAUCCUCUAGGUGUCUCUCAUUCGAUGGGAAUAGAAUGGAUCGGGGCUGACGCGACGUCAACUCCGCAGCAGCAAGAGCUGGUGCUCUGUUUUCUUUUAGCCCUUCCCCCGCUGUUGGACGAGCUUUCAGUAUUUUUAUAUGAUUACGACGGCACUUUUGGAAAAAAAAGAAGAGAGAAAGAAAACGCAUCUUUAUUUAAAACUUACGGCUCCUCGAAUUGGCGCAUGGCGUAAGACAUGUGCACGCACAGACGCACACAUACAAUUCACAUUGGCGGCAUCAUCCUGCGGCGCUGGAUUCCCAAUCUGUUUAUAUCGCUACUGGACAACCUGAACGCGGCUCGCUGAUGAAUUUGUUUUGGGAGCAAUAAACUCGUUUCUUUAUUCCCCUCCUCUGGCUUUACCUGACGAUUUGACACGCCACCGAGCAACGCCAGCCAACUUGCUGUCUCCAAGGCCGGGGGCACCUCUUAUCUCUCCCUGCAUCGUCACCAUUUCCUACUCUCUUUUGCGUUCGUUAUCCCUACAGAUCUGGAAUGGGUGGUCGUGUGGGUGUUCCAGGAGUCUUCGGUUGAGUCUGGUUUCAUUUCUUUUUUCUUUCCUGCUCCGACAGUUUCCAUCUCUGCUACUCCCUUUUCAAAUUUUGGGUUACAAAAAGUACAUCACCGUAUACGUCUUGGGCACAUUCAUGGGAGGGGUGUUGAUAGCGAUAUCUUGUUGGAUCUGUCAUUUUCUUAUUUACUAUGCUAUUUUCUGUUAUUAUCCCAUAUUGUAUUGAAUUUGUUUUACUUUUUUUUCCCCCUCUUAUUAUCCUUAUAUCUGGUUUCUAGACGAAAUUGUACGGAAGAAGGAAUGCUGGAUGCUAGAAGCUACAAUUCCUUGUUUUUCUCUCAGUCAGAAGUUCAAAAAUUUCCUUUUCUCUCUUAUUCUCUAUUUUUCUCUCCUUUUUCUAUUUUUCUUUUGUAAACAAGAGCGAGAUUUGGGACAGGCCUACGCCACUUUGGCCCAAAGAGGGGAAAAAGCAAGAAGAAAAAAGUCCAAACUGCAUUGACGUUUUUUUGUUGAAGACGUGGCGGAACUCGGGGCUGUUGCAAGGCUUUCUGUACCUUUGCUUUGUUCUCAGACUACAUGCUAUCUACGUAACAGUACGUGCAAUCGACAUAACCCGGUGUCACUCGUCAUAUCCUCACAGCCGAUCUGUCUACCUAUCUGUACAUGUGAAGCACUCCAAAAUCAUGAUAAUCCGCAAUGAUGUAAUUAUGCGGUGUACACACAACUUGUAUAUC